AUGCAAUCAUAUAAAGACACUGAUAAUAAUAGUGAAAACUUGAAUGAAGAAGAUAAGUAAUGUAAUAAAGAUUAUAAAUUAAGCAGCUCAAUAAAUAAGUAGGUUCCUUAGUUCCCAUAAAAAAAGGCCCCAUCAUAUUCUAAUGAAGUUCCUCAAAUACUCAAAUUAUAAAAUUAAUUUAGAAUUGCUUAAGGAAAUACAAGAAGAGAAUUGGAAUGUUAACUAAUAAAAAGAUUGGUCGAUCUCAAAAAGAAUAGUGAUUCUGAUUGGUAUAGAUUGAAUGGAGCAUGGGCAUAAAAAUACACAACAUACUUAUACGACAAUUCAAGUACUUUGCCAGGGCCAAUCGACAAUACUGACUUGCUCUAGAAGAAAAAUUUAGUUAUGAAUGUGGAUUUCUAUGUGGUGAAUGAGACAGUUUGGAAGUUCCUUCUUGAAGAAUAUAGUGGAGGUCCUGAAAUCUUAGAUGAAAAGAUUCCUCCGUCUCCCUCAUCCAAUGCUAGUUCUACAACUGACAGGGCAAAAUCGGUUGAUAUCAGCAUAGUUUCAUACGUAUCACAAUUGGAUAUAAAUCCUGAGAUUCCAAUUAAAGGAUUAAAGAAUGAAUUAUAUUUUUGCUACAUGCAUUCCUCUUUAUAAUGCAUGAUGUGUAUUUAAGAACUUAACAAUUUCAUACUAAACAACAUCAAUAGAUAACACAUAUAAUCUAUGCCAUUGUGUACAAGUUAUUAAGAACUUCUCAGAUAACUUAAAGAUACUUAAUAGGAUUAUAUAAAAAUAAAUUCUUUGCGGAAUAGCAUCACUAAAAAAUUUAAUCCAAAACAUCAACAUGAUGCAUAAGAAUUUUUGUUGUUCUUAUUAUCUAGUUUUGAAGAUGAAAUAAAUAAUUUCAAUAAAAAGAAUGUAUAACAAUAGACUAUAUUACCUAAUGUCAUUGAUCAAUAUCUUAAAGGAAAGAUGACUAGUGAAAUCCAUUGCAAGAAUUGCUCAAAGAAGUCUUAAAUAAUGGAAGAAUUUUUGAGUUUGUCUUUGGCAUUGUUGAAAAUAAAUUCUAUCAAUUAAUCUUUUGAUGAGUUUCUUAAAGAUGAAUUGAUUUAGGAUUAUAAAUGUGAUAGUUGUCAUAAAAAAAAGACGGCAAUCAAAAAAACUAGAAUAACCAAAUUACCUUAAUAUCUUAUUCUUCAUUUGAAAAGAUUCAAGUUUUUUCCAAAAUAAAACAAAAUAAUUCAACAUAUUAAAUUUUCAUUAGAAUCAAGUUUUUGUGGAAUCAAAUACAGUUUAGCUGGAAUCAUUGUACAUUCUGGAUCUCUAGAAUAAGGACAUUAUUAUUCUUUUUGUAAGAGAUAAAAUAAAUGGUGGCUAUUCAAUGAUCAAAAGAUCAAAUUAGUAAACAACAAUGAUGUACUCCAACAAUAAGGAUAUAUUUUGUUUUAUUAAUAACUUCUAUGA